UCAGAUGUUCUGAAUGACGCCAUCUUUGAUGAAGAUCAUGAUGAGAUGGUAAUUGUGAAGGACAUAGACAUGUUCUCAUUGUGUGAGCAUCACCUCGUUCCAUUUGUUGGAAAGGUACAUAUUGGCUAUCUUCCUAACAAACAAGUCCUUGGCCUCAGCAAGCUUGCUAGGAUCGUGGAAAUAUACAGUAGAAGAUUACAAGUCCAGGAACGCCUUACCAAACAAAUUGCAAUAGCCAUCACAGAAGCCUUACAGCCCGCUGGAGUUGGAGUGGUUAUUGAAGCUACGCAUAUGUGUAUGGUAAUGCGUGGGGUACAGAAAAUGAACAGUAAGACAGUAACCAGCACAAUGUUGGGGGUAUUUCGGGAAGAUCCAAAGACCCGUGAAGAAUUCUUGACACUCAUCAGGAGCUAAAACUGUGUUAUCCUCUAAACGCACUCUGGAGAUUGUUCUGUUCAGUGUCACUGUCUGUUCUUACUUGUUCCUACAUCUCACUUUUAAACUAAAUUGUUGUGAAUUGUUGUCAUAGUCUUUGUGCAGUAAAAGACUUCUGAUGGCGAA